CGGCAGGAGUGGAGCCAGCGCCUGGGUGUUUGCUGGCGGGCUCCGGGAGCGGUAGUGUGAACGCGGCGAUGGGGAGUGGCGGCGUGAUCCACUGUAGAUGUGCCAAGUGUUUCUCUUAUCCUACCAAGCGAAGAAUCAGAAGGAGACCCCGAAACCUAACUAUCUUAAGUCUCCCAGAAGAUGUACUCUUUCACAUCCUGAAAUGGCUUUCUGUUGAGGACAUCCUUGCUGUCCGAGCUGUACACUCCCACUUGAAGUAUCUGGUAGACAACCAUGCCAGUGUUUGGGCCUGUGCCAACUUCCAUGAACUAUGGCCUUCUCCAAAGAACCUGAAGCUCUUUGAAAGGGCUGCUGAAAAAGGAAAUUUUGAAGCUGCUGUGAAGCUGGGUAUAGCCUACCUCUACAAUGAAGGCUUAUCUGUAUCUGAUGAAGCUCGUGCAGAAGUGAAUGGCCUGAAGGCCUCUCGCUUCUUCAGUCUGGCAGAGCGACUGAAUGUGGGUGCUGAGCCCUUCAUCUGGCUCUUCAUCCGCCCACCAUGGUCAAUGUCUGGAAGCUGCUGCAAAUCUGUGGUCCAUGAGAGCCUCAGGGCAGAGUGCCAGUUACAGAAAACUCAUAAAGCAUCCAUACUUCACUGUUUGGGAAGAGUGCUAGAUCUUUUUGAGGAUGAAGAGAAGAAGAAGCAGGCCCGCCAGCUGUUUGAAGAGUCUGCUCACGCAGGAUGUCUGGCUAGUUCAUUCCUCCUUUGGGAAAGUGAAAGAAGUACAGAUGUGUCAGAUCCUGGACGAUGCCUCCAUAGCUUCCGGAAACUCAGGGACUAUGCUACCAAAGGCUCCUGGGAAGCCCAGCUGGCUUUAGCCAAAGCCUGUGCAAAUGGAAACCAGCUUGGACUGGAAGGGAAAGCCUGCAGAGAGGUAGUCUACCAGCUGUUCCAGUCCUCUCGGGCUGUCAGUAAGCGGCCAAUCUUCUCCGUGCAGAAGGGACUCAAUGACACAAUGAGGUACAUUCUGAUAGACUGGCUGGUAGAAGUGGCCACGAUGAAGGACUUCUCAAGCCUGUGCCUGCACUUGACAGUGGAGUGUGUGGACCGGUACCUGCGGAGGAGGAUGGUGCCCCGGUACAAGCUGCAGCUGCUGGGCAUUGCCUGCAUGGUCAUCUGUACCCGGUUCAUCAGUAAGGAGAUCCUGACAAUCCGAGAGGCCGUCUGGCUCACAGACAAUACAUAUAAGUACGAAGAUCUGGUGAGAAUGAUGGGAGAGAUCAUGUCUGCCCUGGAAGGGAAGAUUCGAAUCCCCACUGUGGUGGAUUACAAAGAUGUCCUGCUCACACUAGUCCCCAUGACGCCCAGAACCCAGCACCUGUGCAGCUUCCUCUGCGAGCUCUGCCUGCUACACACCAGCCUCUCUGUGUACACCCCAGCCCACCUGGCCUGCUCAGCGCUGCUCCUUGCCAGAUCCCUGCACAGGCAGACUCAGCCCUGGACCCCACGCUUGUGGGACCUUACCGGGUUCUCCUUGGAAGACCUCUUUCCUUGUGUCUUGAGUCUUCACAAAAAAUGCUUCCAUGAUGAUAUCCCGAAGGACUACAGGCAAGUGACUCUACUGGCUGUGAGGCAGCGAUUCGAGGACAGACUCUUUGAAGAAAUCAGCAAGGAUGAGGUGCUGACCUAUAGCCAGUUGUGUGCUGCAUUGGGCAUGAAAAAGGAGCCCUCAGAACCCCGGACUAUCCAGGGCGAUGGGGAGAUCCACACCUUCCUCAGCUCUCCUUCAGAGAGGAGAACCAAACGGAAGCGGGAGAACAGCCUUCAGGAGGACAGGGGCAGCUUCGUUACCACCCCCACCGCAGAGCUAUCCAGCCAGGAGGAGACCCUGCUGGGCAGCUUCCUGGACUGGAGCCUGGACUGCUGCUCUGGCUAUGAGGGCGACCAGGAAAGUGAGGGCGAGAAGGAAGGUGACGUGACAGCUCCUAGCGGCAUCCUCGAUGUCACCGUGGUCUACCUGAAGCCAGAAGAGCACUGCUGCCAGGAUUCCAGCGACGAGGAGGCCUGCCCCGAGGAUGAGGGACGCCAAGUACCAGGCACCCACAGACCCGUCCUAGAGCCCAGGCCCCUUCUCUGCAACAGGAGGGAGCUGGGCAAAGACGGCACAACCUCAGGGUACUCCUCCGUCAUCAGUGCCAGUCCCACAAACUCUGUGGAUGGCAGUUCCGGGGGCCCUCCUGGAUCUACCUCAUUGCCAUCCCCAGGCAGCGACUCCAACACACAACCUUGCCAUCAUCAGGCCAAGAAAUCAUGUUUACAGUGUCGGCCCCCAAGCCCCCCAGAGAGCAGGGUUCCCCAGCAACAAGUCAAGCGGCAAAACCUCUCCGUCUGCAGCAAUGAGGACGCGAACUUGGGCUUCCUGAAGCUGUGAGAGUGUGUCAGAGUGUUUGCCAUGGCGCAUGUUUACAGGGAAGGGCUUAUGUCCUGGAGGAGGAGUGGGCACUGAAGGGGUGGGUGCUAUGUCCACCCUGGGUGGCCUUCACCUAAAACUCCCAAGUGCUAACUCCUGGACACCAAGUUUCAUUGUCCAAGGGGUCCCAUAUGAGCCAUGGGAAUAUCAGAUUCCGUGAAAAAUUUAGCUGCUUCUCCUUAGAGAAAGUCUAGCCACAAAGCCAACAUGCCAUAACAUGUGAAGCCUAUGUUUCUGUACCCUCGUGCAUCCUGCUGUCUCUGGAAGCUUUAGUUUGUAUGUGAUAGGGUCUUUCCAGCCCUUACUCAACCCUGUGCCAGGAAACCAACACCUUCCACACUCUCGAGUGUGUAGCCCCAGUAUGCUGGCACAACUGGAGCCUCUGCUAGAAAGCUACCUGCUCUCAGGCCCCAGCAGGUUGCUCUCAGCGCACCUCUAUCCCCUUGCUGCCCUCCGCCUGUUUGGCGCAUUCCCUUUACAGGCUGCGGGUCUUGGAGGGAGGGAGCCCACUUCCGUACAUACACAUCUCCAUGGUCUGCACUGUGACCACCAGGUGUGACCCAGAAGUGGGGCCACAGUCUCCCUCUGGUACAUUUGUCUCAUCUUAGAAAUCUCUUUCCUUUCAGAAUGCUUUGUCUGUGUCCCCUUGAUAUCCAUGUGAACAUCUCUGCACUGAAUUUCUGGGUCAUUCUUUCUCAUCUGGAUUUCUUUCUCCUUUCAAGAUGAAAACAAAAGUCACAUUUACAACAGAAGGUAUUGAAUAAAAAGAGAACAGAUUUCCAACAUCAUUUAUGCUCAGCUGA